AUGCAAUCGCUUGAAAAUGGAUUGGCGGCUCUGCAAUGCUACGAUUGCCACAAUUGCGAAGACGCUGAGGAUUUCACCGAGCUGCAAAUCUGCGUUGACUUUUCAGCAACUGUCAAGCCCACGCAGCGCACAACAACAACAACAACUUCAUUUUCUAACAACUCAUCUACUACAAACACCACUGCACUCAAUACCACGCGUGCGCCAGGCAAUGGCGAAGAUUCUGAAUAUAGCGAUGAGGAGUAUGAAGGUAUCGACGAUGGACCGUCAGCAAAUACUACUUUGCGCCCCGGUAAUAUUAAAACAUCCCAAAGAACAACAACAAAAAGGGCCAGUACUACGCAACUAACCACUACAAAACGAUUGCCAACCAGCGCGGAUGGCAGCGAGGAGUUGGAUGGCGAUGAUAGCGAUAACGAUAGUGACUAUGAAGACGAUAGGCUGUUGCGACGAAGCAAUCGCAUGUUUGGCAGAGCCGAUGAGUUUGUGUGCUAUAUGGUGAAAUUUAAAGUCAACGACAGCAUUGUCACGAAUCGUGGCUGCACCACAAUGGUGCGUGCUAAUAAUCUUCUGACUUGUAAUUCACUUACUUCUGGAGAAGAACUGCACGAUUGCCAGCUUUGCAGUACGAAUGGUUGCAAUAAAUUUGCCGAAGACGAUGGCACUUUGGAAGCUCUGUGGAAUGGUGGUGAAAAAGUUAGCACAAACGCUUGGUUCUUAAUGCCAUUUUUGGCAAUGCUGGUGUUGUGGCAUUAA